UCAAAGAUUGAAGCUGUUAGAGAGAGAGAAAUCCCUUAUAGGGAUCCAAGGACACCCCAUUUCAGGCUUUUCUUUGUUACUACUCUUUCAUUCUAAAUUAAAUUGAAAACUCCUCCUCAUCCUCACCCCCAGGAGGUAUGGGGAAGAUAGAAAAAAACAAAAACACCUUAUUGACAUCACCUUUUCUAUCAUCCUUCAAGUCAUCAUCAUCAUCAUCUUCUUCUUCUUCUUCUUUGAUGAUGGCUACCCUCCUGGUCAUUCUCUUGGCCUUGUUUUCUCCUUCACUAGGCCUUCCCUUAGCAUCUUUCCAACCAAAAGACAAUUUCCUCAUUGAUUGUGGUGCUGAAAACACAGUGACUCUCCCUGAUGGAAGACAAUUCAAAUCAGACCCUCAAGCCAGAUCCUUCUUGCAAGCCAAUGAUGAGUACAAAGUCUCAGCAAAUGAUGUGAAUUUCCCUUCACCUAUAUACUCAAAUGCAAGGAUCUUCAUUCAGGAAGCUAAGUACUCCUUCCAUUUGGUUCAACCGGGUUUCCAUUGGAUUCGGCUUUAUUUCUACCCCAUCAAGAACAACAUCUUUGAUCUCCAGAAGGCAAGUUUUUCUGUCUACACAGAUACCUAUGUGCUACUCCACAGCUUCAAUGUCAACAAUACUGACAAGCCAAUCUUCAAGGAGUACCUCAUCAAUGCAACCGAGCCUCAAUUCACCAUGUCCUUCAUUCCCCUCAAGAACUCAGCUGCAUUCAUCAAUGCCAUUGAGGUUGUCUCAGCUCCUGAUAACCUGAUCUUCGACACCGGGGCCGGCCUUUUCCCCGUUGGCGAGUUCAGUGGCCUCACAACUUACGGCUUCCAGCCUGUUUACAGGGUCAACAAUGGAGGGCCUCUCAUCACCUCAUCAAAUGACACCCUUGGAAGGACUUGGGAAACUGAUGAACCUUACCUCACAAACAAGAACUUGGCCAAGAGUGCUUCGGUGGCCACCUCCGCGGUUAAGUUCCCACAAGACAAUCCUUCAAUUUCUCCCAUGAUUGCACCACAAACUGUGUAUGCCUCUGCCACUGAGAUGGGUGAUGCUGGUGUGAAUCAGCCAAAUUUCAAUGUGUCAUGGAAAUUUGAUGUGGACACCUCUUUUAGCUACCUUGUUAGGCUUCACUUCUGUGACAUUGUUAGCAAAGGGCUCAAUGAACUCUACUUUAAUGUUUAUGUUAAUGGGAAAGUGGCAAUCAAUAACUUGGAUUUAUCAGCCAUCACUGGUGCCUUGUCAACCCCAUAUUACAAAGACAUUGUGGUGAAUGCAACAUUGAUGUCUGAGGGGCUAACAGUUCAGGUUGGUCCAGCAAAUGCUGAUGGUGGAAAUGCCAAUGCCAUUGUGAAUGGCAUAGAGGUCUUGAAGAUGAGCAGCUCUGUGAACAGUUUGGAUGGAGAAUUUGGUGUUGAUGGAAGAAGUGUUAAUGGUUCUAACCGCGGCACGGUGGCAGCCGUUGGAUUUGCCAUGAUGUUUGGAGCCUUUGUGGGUCUUGGUGCUAUGGUGAUCAAGUGGCACAAGAGGCCUCAGGACUGGCAAAAGAGGAACAGCUUCUCCUCAUGGUUGCUUCCUCUGCACGCUGGUGACACAAGCUUCAUGAGCAAGAACUCAAUGGGAAAGAGCAACUUCUUCUCCUCGUCGAUGGGAUUAGGCCGGUACUUCUCCUUCGCGGAACUUCAGGAAGCAACCAAGAACUUUGACUCCAAGAACAUCAUUGGUGUUGGUGGAUUUGGCAAUGUGUAUUUGGGUGUGAUUGAUGAGGGGACUCAAGUGGCAGUCAAGAGAGGAAACCCUCAAUCAGAACAAGGCAUCACAGAGUUCCAAACUGAAAUUCAAAUGCUGUCUAAGCUCAGGCACAGGCACUUGGUGUCCUUGAUUGGAUACUGUGAUGAGAAUGAUGAGAUGAUCCUGGUUUAUGAGUACAUGCCUAAUGGCCACUUCAGAGACCAUCUUUAUGGAAAGAACUUACCUGCUCUCUCAUGGAAGCAAAGACUAGAUAUCUGUAUUGGAUCAGCUCGCGGUCUUCACUACCUUCACACCGGCACAGCUCAAGGCAUCAUUCACCGCGAUGUCAAGACCACCAACAUCUUGCUUGAUGAGAAUUUCACAGCCAAGGUUUCUGAUUUUGGUCUUUCAAAGGAUGCACCAAUGGGGCAGGGUCAUGUUAGCACUGCUGUGAAGGGUAGCUUUGGUUACCUUGACCCUGAGUACUUCAGGAGGCAGCAACUGACUGAAAAGUCUGAUGUGUACUCAUUUGGGGUGGUUCUGCUUGAGGCACUCUGUGCAAGACCAGCCAUCAACCCUCAGUUGCCCCGCGAACAAGUAAACUUGGCUGAUUGGGCGAUGCAAUGGAAGAGGAAGGGCCUUCUUGACAAGAUCAUUGACCCUCUCCUAGUUGGUUGCAUCAAUCCUGAAUCCAUGAAGAAGUUUGCUGAGGCUGCUGAGAAGUGUUUGGCAGAUCAUGGUGUGGAUAGGCCUUCAAUGGGAGAUGUUUUGUGGAACUUGGAGUAUGCUUUGCAGCUUCAAGAGGCCUUCACACAAGGAAAGGCUGAGGAUGAGACUAAGUCAUCAUCAGCAGUCCCUACUGCAGCUGUUCCUACUUCACCUGCCCCACCAACACCUCCCAUUUCUUCUGAUGACCGCCCGGCUCCGGCUGCGCCUGCUCGUCCGGAAGUGAAUAAUAAUACUUCAUCGGAUGUGCAUUCCAUUGAUGACCAUUCUGGAACUGCAAUGUUUGCUCAGUUUAGCAAUCUCAAUGGCAGGUGAAGGCCUAAUUUGGUUUCAUGAAUGGAGCAACCAUCACCUGGACAGCUACAAAUUUGAUCAUGUCUAGGAAGAUGUUAUAGUAGCUUUCUGAAGGCUUGGACCAAAAAUUUCCUGUGUAAUGGUGUGAUACUGUAUGCUGUUUCUCUUCUAGAUACUCUUGUCUUUCUGUAUUGUGUUGGGGUACUAUUUUGCAUGAUAGCAAAAAGAAAAGGUGUCAAAAUAUGUAAUGUGAUUAAGUUGUUGGUUUGUAAGUAUACAUGCAUUCAACAGUACCAUUAAUCACAUAUGGUAUUAUAUUAAUGAAUUGUUGUAUAUUGUUAUGUAAUUUUUAGGGGGGGUAAUUGUAGAAGCAAGUUCAAAGAAACUGACUACCGCCAGGUAGUGAAUUUGACUUGUAAUCGACCAAUAUAUUAGCAAGUGUUUUCUUGUCCUCUUAAAAAAAAA